AUGGACCUGUCACGUUCUGCCGUCCUCGUCCUCGUCGUCGCCGUCUUCCGGCUGUGCGCGUCGGCCAAGGACCAGCUUGCCGUGGGGGAGAAGCUCCUGGCCGGGCAGUCCCUCGUGUCCGACGGUGGCGCCUUCGCUCUCGGCUACUUCUCCCCAGACGACGCAGCCGGUCCGGCGAGACGGUAUCUCGGGAUAUGGUACAACGGCAUUCCCGGGCCUCGCACCGUCAUCUGGGUGGCCAACCGGGACGCCCCGGCGGCCGGCGCCCCGACGCUCGCGCUGGCCAGCGACUCCCGCCUCGUCCUGUCCGACGCCGACGGCCUCGUGCUCUGGAACACGACCGGCGUGGGCAGCUCGUCCUCGCAGACGGCGCCAGCCGAGCUCGGGAACGACGGCAACCUGCUCAUCCAGCUCUUGGACGGCACGGUUGUGUGGCAGAGCUUCGAUCACCCGACGGACACGUUCGUGCCGGGGAUGAAGAUGCGGCUGAGCUACCGGACGGGCAAGGGCGACCGCAUCGUGUCCUGGAGAUCCCCCGGCGACCCGGCACCGGGGCGCUUUUCCUACGGCCUGGACCCCAGCACGUCACAGCAGCUGCUCAUGUGGAACGGGACGCGCCCCUACUGGCGAACUCCCAUCUGGAGGAGUUACGCCGUGAUCAGCAUGUACGUCAGCGCCGGCACAGUAAUCUACACGGCGAUCGUCCGCACGGACGAGGAGAUCUCCAUGGUCAUCACCGUCUCCGACGGCGCGGCGCCGACGCGGUGUGUGGUGACAAGCUCCGGCAGGUUCCAACUCCUCAGCUGGAACGGCACCGUGUCGGCGUGGGCCACGCUCCAGUCGUGGCCGUCGAGCGGGUGCAGCACAUACAGUGGCUGCGGCGCGUACGGGUACUGCGACGUCACGGCGGCGUGCAGGUGCCUGGACGGCUUCGAGCCGGCGAGCGCGGCGGAGUGGAGCGCCGGCAGGUUCGAGCAGGGGUGCCGGCGAAAGCAGGCGCUGCCGCCAUGCGGCGGCAUCGGGAUAGGUUUCGUGGCGAUGCCGGGCAUGAAGGUGCCGGACAAGUUCUCGAUCGACUCCACCAACCGGAGCGCGGGGGAGUGCGCGGCCAGGUGCGCCGCAACCUGCUCGUGUGUGGCGUACGCGUACGCCAACGUGCAGAGCAGCAGCACAGAUGGCCAACUGAUCAAGUGCGUGGUGUGGGCGGAGGAGCUCGUCGACGCACAGAUGAUGGACGCGCGGUGGGGCGGCGAGACGCUCUACCUCCGCGUGCCCGUUGCUGCUGCCUCCACAGUGCCGGUGUUAGCCCUGCCCAACACAGGUAGAAACUCCAGCAGAAGGGGGGUGAAGACAGCCCUGCCGGUGUUAUCAUCCGUCCUGCUGCUCACAUGCAUUUUGUUUGUAUGGUUCUGGAGAUUCAGAGCCAAGGGAAGAAAAGCCGAGAGCCAAUAUGAGAACACGAACACGUCGAGCAAAAUCAGAGCAGAUCACAACGGAGACCUUGAGUUCCCGUCCAUACGGUUCGCCGACAUUGUCGCCGCCACGGACAACUUCUCCAAAACACUCAUGGUCGGACGCGGAGGGUUCGGCAUGGUCUACAAGGGAACAUUAGAUGGCGGUCAGGUCGUCGCGGUGAAGAGGCUGAGCAAGGACUCGGAUCAGGGAGCAGAGGAGUUCAAGAAUGAGGCCAUUCUAAUCGCCAAGCUGCAGCACCGGAACCUGGUGCGCCUCCUCGGCUGCUGCACUGAGGGGGCGGAGAAGCUGCUCAUCUACGAGUACCUCCCUAACAAGGGCCUCAAUGCCAUCCUCUUUGGUACAUAUAAUGUUUAG